AUGCGACUCCAUUUGCAGAAUUAUGACAUCCAAGUGGAAUACAAGAAAGGCACCACCAUGUUCUUGGCUGACACCCUAAGUCGAGCAUAUCUCGAGGGCGAACAGUCAACUGUCCCAAACAGUGAUGUCCGUUCCAUUAAGGAACCACUAUUUGCCUUUGAGUUAGAACAAAUCAAACAUGAUGAAGAACUGACGGUGUCUCCUACUCGUUUGGAGAGGCUGCGCGAGGAGACUGCUAAGGAUGAAGAGUUGCAGAUCCUAUCCAAUGUUAUUCGUAAAGGUUGGCCGGAAACCUUGGCACAGGCACGUGAAAAUGACAAGCGUCAGAAACAAGUGAUCGAGCUGUAUUGGAACAGCCGGGAUGAGCUGACUACAGAGGAUGGUUUGGUAUACAAGGGUCAUCGUUUAGUCAUACCUGCUGGUGAGCGUUCUGACAUUGUGAAGAGCCUGCAUGAGUCGCAUAUUGGGGUCGAAGGGACACUGCGUCGAGCUCGUGAUAUUGGUUACUGGCUGGGAAUCACGGCACAGCUCAAGGAUUACCUAUCGAAAUGCGGUAUUUGUAAAAGGUAUCGACCUGAACAAUGUAGAGAGCCACUGCAGCCCCAUAUUGUGCCCAAUCUACCGUGGGAGAAAGUUGGGGUUGAUUUCUUUAUACUUGAGAGGCAGGCCUUCCUGAUAGCUGUUGAUUACUACUCUGGUCAUUUUGAGGUACAAGAUUUGAGUAACACCACAAGCAAUCGUGUCAUUACGGUCUUAAAGACUUGGUUUGCCAGACAUGGCAUCCCUGUGACAGUUAUAAGUGACAACGGACCGCCUUUCAACAGUGGAGAUUUUGAGUCGUUCAAUAAAGAAUGGGACUUUCAUCACAUUACUUCAAGCCCUCGCCAUCCCCAGAGUAAUGGUCGUGUUGAAAAUGCCGUCCUGCAAGUCGUUGUUGAUGAAAGCCCGUGCAGAUAA